GACGCAUCUUACAAGUGACUCCAGGCCGUACAGAAUCUCCGCACCUCCCCCACAAUCUCCAAAGCAUGAGCUCCUUGCUAGCGUUUGUGCGGCGCCUCACCACCGGCAGCAAUCCACCACGAGUGGAGAAGACGCCCAGUCCCCUGCGCUUCGGCGUGCUGGGAGCAGCGCGCAUUGCGCCAGAUGCGAUUGUGAAACCUGCAAGGAACCAUGAGGAUGUCCUGGUCACAGCUAUCGCGGCGCGAAAUCAAGAGCGCGCCGAUGCAUUCGCGAAGCAGUGGGACAUUCCCAAGGCAUAUGGAGGCUCGAUGGCUUACCAAGACCUGGUAGACGACCUUGAGGUUGAUGCCGUUUACAUCGGACUCCCGAAUAGCUUGCACUUUGAAUGGACGAUGAAGGCUCUCGCCGCAGGCAAACACGUCUUGUGCGAGAAACCAAUCGCUGACAACGAGGAAGAAGCACGCCAGAUGUUCGCGUUUGCCGCCGAGCGGAACCUGGUGCUGCUAGAAGCCUGGCAAGUUCGUUUCCAUCCUUCAUUGCUGAGGGUGAAGGAGUUAGUGGACGAGCUCGGACCAAUCGUCAACAUGUCGACAUACCUUGGCGUCUGGGAUAGUGUCUUCUUCUUGAAGGACGACAUUCGCUUCAACUACGACCUAGGAGGCGGGGCGCUCAUGGACAUGGCACCAUAUCCUAUCAACUGCAUGCGCUUCCUCACCUCACACGAAGCCUCAGUCCACUCCGCCACAGCAACCCUUCGACCCGGGACAACCAACAUCGACCGCAAAAUCGAGACGCACCUCUCCUUCGGGCCGGCCGACAUUCCCGCAACGAUAAUCACCGACUCGUGCAUGGACGGCUGGGGCCCGUUCGGGCUGCUCCCACAGUGGAUCAAGAUGGUGCUGAGGGUGGAGUGCAAGGAGGGCGCGGUCGAGUGGUCGAACUACGUGCUGCCCCACCUCUAUCACUCGAUCACAGUGCAUCCGAAGGGGGGUGCAGCGUGGACGGAGGCGGCGUACAAGCCGAAGGAGGGGCUGGGAGAGGAGUGGUGGUCUGCGUAUAGGUAUCAGUUGGAAGCGUUCGUGGACAAAGUCAGAGGGCGUCAGCCUAGCGCGUGGCGUUCCGCAGAGGACUCGAUGGAAUCUAUGAAGGCGAUUGACGCUAUAUACACUGAGUGCGGUCUGCCGUUGCGGCCGACCUCGCAGUUUACUUUCUCAUGACGCAUUCGUAAACAUCGUGUGAAUGAUGCCGCUAGUAACUUGCCGACUUUCUCCGGUGUUUACAUCGAGUGAGACAGAGCGCGCUGUAUCCUGAUGACUGGUUAGUCGCGACGAAACCACCAUGAUAACAGUACGGCUACUCACUAGCAUGCGGCUAUGCUAGUACCUCGUCC